CCCCGUGUUGUAGCUGUUACACAACACACGGGCUGUGCUGACACAGUGUAUGCUAACAUAGGAUACCGUGUAGGAUACGUUUGUGACACGGCAUAUGCCCACAUAGGAUACGUUUGUGACACGGCAUAUGCCCACAUAGGAUACGUUUGUGACACGGCAUAUGCCCACAUAGGAUACGUUUGUGACACGGCAUAUGCCCACAUAGGAUAAGUUUCUGACACGGCAUAUGCCCACAUAGGAUACGAUUGUGACACGGCAUAUGUUUUCUGACACGUUCUACUUUGUUUGUAAACAUCAAUAGAGUGAGGGUCUCUAAGGGGUAUUUCAAAUAGCUUAUACGAUAACCUCACACUAAGGCAUUUAUCGAGAUCGAUAACAGAUCAGAAUGACCAGUCAAUGAUGGAGCUAGUGCAAUCAAAACAUUGGCUGUUUUUCUAAGCCUGUCUUUGUGCAAACUGUAACAAUGUCGGCUAACUCGCCUGACCCCAAAAGCUGGUGCAGUUGGAAUGUAGAGGAGCUGAGCUUGUGGCUCAAAGGUCAAGGGGUCACGGAAUCCGUUGUUGGGAUACUGAAAGAUGAGAAAGUCGAGGGUAAACAUAUACCUCACGUGACCAUGGAGAUGCUGAUGGUAAAGAAAAUCAUGUUUAAAGACUGUCUACAAAUCCAGGAGAUGUUUGAAAAGUUACAGCAGAAACAUUUAAAAUCAAACCAGAUGAAAAUUUACAACGACCCAAUCCACGGCCAUAUUGAGGUGAACCCAGCAUGCCAGGCCAUCAUAGACACGCCCAUCUUCCAGCGUCUCAGGUUCCUCAAACAGCUGGGCAUGGUCUACUACAUCUACCCUGGGGCGGCACAUAACAGAUUCGAACAUUCGCUGGGUGUGUACCACUUGGCUGGGAAGUUCGUCAGACAGCUACAACAGAACCACCCAGAGCAUGACAUUACAGAUGUAGAUGUUCUCUGUGUGGAGAUCGCCGCUCUGUGUCACGACUUGGGUCACGGCCCCUUCUCUCACAUGUUUGACAGCAUAUUCCUAAAGGAGGUCAACAAAGGACAGCACAAUCACGAAAAGGUGUCUGUUCAACUUAUUGAUGAAAUAGACAAACUUGUAGAUCUGACAAACUUCGGGCUUAAAUCUGUUGAUAUCUCCUUCAUUAAGGAGUUGAUUGGAGGUCCAUUGGAAGUCAGCGGAUCACAGGGUUGGCCAUACGUCGGAAGAGAUGAAGAAAAAUCCUUUUUGUAUGAGAUCGUCUGCAACAAACGUAACGGCAAUGACGUCAACACGUGGGACUAUUUAGCCCGAGACUGCCACCAUCUUGGUUUCAACAACAACUUCGACUACAACAGAUUCCUGAUGUUUGCUCGGGUCAUAGAGGAGGAUGGGGAGGUUCAGAUCUGUAUCAGAGACAAGGAGAUUCCCAACCUGUACAACAUGUUCUACACGCGCUAUACACUACACAAAUACGCUUAUCAUCACAAGGUCAACUUUGGGCUGGAGAUCAUGUUAACUGACGUGUUAAAGUUAGCUGACAAACACAUGACAUUCACUGGCUCGGAUGGAAAAGAACUCUCUAUAUCGGAGUGUAUCGAGGACAUGAAGGCGUACAUUGAGCUGAACGACAACAUCCUCUUUAAGAUCCUCCACCACAAUGUACUGGAGGAACACCCGCAGAAGAGAGAUGACCUUGAGAAGGCGAAAGAGAUAAUAAACCGGAUGUUCAGACGUGACCUCUACACGUGUGUGUGGGAGAGUCCGCCCAUCCUCUCCCAGCUUAGAAGUCGAAAAAAGUUUUUAGAAGAGGAAGUUGGAGCGAUCAUUUCCAAACAUUAUGAAGAAAAGAAUUUAAAGAAUAACGAUGAUUAUGUUGUUCAGGCUCUUUUUCUUGAUUUCGGAAUGAAAAGCGAAAACCCAGUCGAGAGGUUAAAAGUUUUCUCCAAACGUACACCAAAUCAAGCCAGAUACUUUACUAAAGCUGAGUGCAGCAACAUCCUGAGGCCCGUGACGUUUGAUGAGAUGCACGUCCGUGUGUACAGUAAGACGUCAGACCACGUGAGACGGCAGACGGUAACAGAGGCGUGUCUAGCCUGGUACAAAGUCUGGCAGGAGACCCAGGACAGGCAGAAGAAACACGAAGAAGAGGAGAUGGUGAGCGACAUUCAACAGCUGAUUCAAGAACAGUUUGUAGAUAGACAGCAAGAUGACGUCAUCAAACUUGCGCAAAACAUUUACAAAAAGUUCAAGCCACUAUUCAAGUCGUGAAAAAAUCAUUUAUAUCUCUUGGCAGAACUGUUAAAAAAAUCCAAUAACAUUUCUUAGAAGUAAAUUAUUAAAAUUUCCAUACUUGAGAAUAUUUCGCAAAGAAGUGUUUGUUAAACAAAACGAUCUAGAUAAAUAAACAUGUAAAGAUCAUCAAUAGCCAUAUGUUGCAGUACGGCUGAUAAUGCUACGUAGUUUACAACAGAUGUUAGCAAUGGCUAUAUAUUGUGUUGUACUCGCUGGGUAAAAAUAAGUUUUAAAGAUAAUGAGAGCGAAAUCUCAGGGUAAAUAAUGUUGUUUAUAAAAGAAUAGAACUUUAAAACCAACAUUAAUAAAAAAAACAGAUCAUCGCUUUCUGGGCAAUGUUGAAAAUUGUAAUAUUUAUUGAAUGAAGUAUUAUUUGAAAAGUGGUCACAUUUGGGGUGUGAUGUAAUAUUUGGUAAGUGAUAAAAUAUUGAAGAAGUGAUGUACAAUAUCUGUGAGUGAUAUAAUAUUGAAGAAGUAAUAUAACAUUUGGUGAGUGAUGUAAGGUUCAAAUCGUGUUGUAACAUUAGUUGAUUGCUGUAAUAUUGAAGAUGUGAUAUAAUAUUUAUUGAGUGAUAUAUUUGGUGAGCAAUGAAAUACUUAAAUAUAUAUAUUAUUCUGAUAUAAUUCACAAUGUUUAUGUAAAUUAUUUGUUUAUUGUGUAUGCUUGUUUGAGACCAAUUUUUGUACUCUUGACCAAUCUUUGCUAUAUAUUCAUGAUAAAAUAAUAUGUUACUUCCAUCCACCUUCAUCAGUAACUGCCUCGUGUCGCUUAUUUAUUCUGACAAUCU